AUGGCACACCAUCUGAAUCCAAAACUCGGCAUCUGGCGCACAACAACAUUGCAAGCUGCGAAGGAGCAACAAAAGAUCUACGCCGGCGGAGGCACAUCUCUUGCCGGCCAAAAACGGGCUCGCGAUGUUUCGAUCCCCGUGACCGAUCAAAAUGAUGUAGGGACCUCAAGGAAGAAGCAUCAAGGUUUUGGUGGCAACCUCCCCAAGGGGCCUCCGAGGCUCACGGCAAGCCGAAUUGAGUACGCAGACGGUUUCGCUGGGAGGGGUUUAUUGUCCGAGUAUUCGCAGAGACAAGCGUUCGCUGCCACGCCUGCUUCAACAGCUGAUCCGUUGCUGUCCUUGUCGCACCCUGCCUACGGACUCCCUCGUCAGCUCGUAGCAAACUUCGCUGCCUUGGGAAUAAAGAGCAUAUACCCUUGGCAAAGGCAGUGCCUGCUUGGCCCAGGCCUCUUACAAGGAGAGAAGAACCUAGUCUAUAGCGCGCCUACUGGCGGGGGCAAGUCUCUUGUCGCCGAUGUCCUCAUGCUGAAACGGGUCCUCGGAGACCGUGACGCUAAAGCAAUCCUGGUGCUUCCGUAUGUUGCGCUUGUUCAGGAAAAGGUCCGUUGGCUGCGCAACGCCGUCAAUGGCAUAUCUCGCGAGUCCCUCGAACAGAAGCAACAAGAUCAACAGAAGCUAUGGGCCCAGCGGGCAGACAGAGACGCCAUCCGAGUUGUCGGCUUCUUUGGUGGGAGCAAAAUCAGGGCUACAUGGGCUGAUUUUGACAUCGCGGUCUGCACUAUAGAGAAGGCAAACUCUUUGGUAAAUGCGGCCAUAGACGAGUGUUCGGUUUCCAAGCUACAGGCUGUGGUUCUGGACGAGUGCCACAUGAUAGACGACGGCUAUCGAGGCUAUCUCCUAGAGCUUCUCGCCACCAAGUUACUAUGCCUUGAUCAGCCUAUCCAGAUCAUUGCGAUGAGCGCAACGUUAACGAACAUUGAGCUCUUGAAGAAUUGGCUCCAUGGCCAUUCCUACGAAACCCAUUACCGACCCGUUCCGAUCGAAGAACAUCUAGUGUACGACGGGAAGGUAUACGCUGCAGGAACCACUGCCAGUCUGUUGAAGACGGUGACGCAACUCGACUCGAGGAGCCAACCGAGCCAAUCAAUGGUGCAGCCUGUGAGGAUCAUUCAGCCAUCCGAGCACAAGGAGCUAAAAGACGUAAUGCUGAAUGCCGUUGUUGCGCUGGCGAACGAGACUGUUAGGGCCGGCUACGGCGUGCUCGUCUUCUCAAGCAGUCGUGCCGGCUGCGAGUCAGAUGCAGCCCUGAUAAGUCGGGCAUUGCCAGCACUCGCAGAAGUUGACCUUGCCAUCCAAGAGAAGAGACUAGACCUGCUCGGGGAUCUCCGGAGUCUGAAUCCCGGGUUAGAUCCAGUACUGGAGCAGACAAUUCCGGCCGGCGCUGGUCUUACUACCGAGGAGCGCGAGCUAGUUGCAAGAGCGUAUGAUUCUGGCGUGCUCAAAGUUUGCGUAGCAACUUGCUCUCUAGCUGCUGGCAUCAACCUGCCUGCAAGACGAGUUAUCCUUCACAAUGCCCGCAUGGGCCGUGACCUCGUCGGAAGAAAGGGCAAGGACGAAGUGGGCGAGACGUACCUCUGCUGCCGGAAGAACGACUUGGAGGCUGUCGUCGACCUAAUGCACGCAGAACUCCCCCAGAUUUCGAGCUGCUUGAUAUCAGACAAGCGUCGUAUCCAAAGGGCUUUACUAGAAAUCAUCGCCAUCAGACUGGCAACGAGCCGGGAAUCUCUUGACAACUACAUGAGCAGAACCAUGUUAGCCUACUGGGCUGACCCUAGCUCGAUCCAGAAAAUCGUCGAGGCGAGCCUCAAUGACCUUCAGAAGAUGGAGUUCAUCACCGUUGACGAUUACGGAGGCUUCCACGCCACACGUCUCGGCAAAGCCAUCGUCGCAUCUUCGCUCGACCCUGAAAACGGCACUUUCAUUCACAACGAGCUUCAGAAAGCUUUGCAGGCAUUCGUAAUGGAUGGCGAGAUGCACGUCCUCUACAAUUUCACCCCAGUCAGUGACCUAGGAGGCGUCACUAUCAACUGGCGAGUGUUUUGGAACGAGAUGCAGCAGCUUGAUGACAGUAGUCUCAGGGUAAUGAGCUUUCUCGGGCUCAAACCUGUCACGGUAAACAGAAUGCUUUACGGGGGAGUCCUGAGCGAAACGACGACCGAGGAAAAAGAAAUCGCCCGACGCUAUCAUCGGUUCUAUCUUGCCCUGCAACUGCGGGACAUUUGCAAUGAGAUGCCCAUCCACCAUGUCGCACAGAAAUAUGAUAUGCCGCGCGGAUCGGUUCAGACUUUGGCGCAAUCCAGCCAGGGAUUCGCUGCGGGGAUGAUCAAGUUCUGCGAGACGAUGGGUUGGGGUGCAAUGGCUGCUGUGCUUGAUCACUUCUCGGACAGACUCAAGGCUGGAGCUAGAGCAGACCUUCUGGCUCUCGCUAAGAUCACGUUCGUCAAGAGCAGGACUGCGCGCAUCUUCUGGGAUAACGGUUAUAAAACAGUAGCAGCGGUUGCUAACGCGGAUCCGAAAGAGCUCCUCCCCAUCCUGAUGCAGGCGCAACCAAACAAGGUGAGGCUAGAGGCGAGGGAUGAGCAGAAGUACAAGGACAAACUCUUGGCAAAAGCAAAGAUCAUUGCGGAUUCAGCGAACAGAUUAUGGCAGAUCGAGAUGCAAAAGGACCUCGAGGAAGAGUAG